AUGCCCUUUUUUUUACUCUACUUUCCCCCUCCUCCCCCCUCCCUUGCCUAUUCUUCUUUCCCACUACACAUAACAGCCAAGCAAGUGCUAUUCAACAACUACACUCUAUCUCCUACCUCCUCUCUUCUUCUUCUUCUUCCUUCCUUCCUUCUUGCCUCAAAACCCCUUAAAGCCCUAUUUAAAACUCCUUCUCCCUUCAUCCCUAUCUACAUACUUAUCCCUCAUCUUCCUACUUGCCGUAUCAUCCCCUCUCUCUCUGUCCUUUUAUUUUCUUAUUUAUUUAUUUAUCUAUAUUAAC